UUAUUACUAAACCAACCACAUUUACGACUCUGACUACAACUCAAACCACAACUCAAACCACAAUAACUAGUCCAACUACAACUACAACUCAAUCAACUAGCACAAUAGUGACAAGUCCAACAACAGUUAUUACAACAGUUAUUACAACUCAAACAGUAAUCACCAGUCCUAUUACAAUUACUCAAUCUAAUACAAUAAUAACUACUUUAACAACUCGGACCAUUCAAUUGACUUCAACUGUGACUCAAAUCCAGCCCGCAUCUACUAUUAUUUCCACUCAGUCCGGACAAACUGUGACAAAGUGGAUACUUGUGAACUUUAGAUUGGUAAACUCAGAGAAAUCUAGAACCUCUUUUUUGAAAUUUUGA